UGACGUCACCGGCAGGCUGCUCGGCUGCGUCAGAGUCCAGCUGAGCGAAGGAAGAAGGAAACGGGGAAUAAAAAGCAGACAGGUUCUGCAAGGCCGGGGAAAGCGGACGGACAGUGGUAGAGACAGACCUGUGUCGUGCACACUGCGGACGGACAGACGGACAGACAGACAGACAUGGAGGGCUCCACGGAGGAGGACUACAAAGAGAAAUUAUUAUGGAACGUCAAACGGGAGGUGAAGCAGAUUAUGGAGGAAUCAGUGACUAAGAAAUUUGUCCACGAAGACAGCAGCCACAUCAUUGCUUUGUGCACUGCCAUCGAGGCCUGCCUGGGUCACAUGCUGAAGAGGCGGGCAGCUGGUUUUCUCCGUAGCGACAAGAUCGCCGCCCUCUUCACCAAAGUCGGCAAAGUGUACGACGCAGCCGGCGAGGUUUGCCGUAAAGUGCAAGAGCAGCUCCAGCAGCAGGCUGAUCUCACCAGGAGAACCCAGAGUGUGGGCCAUGAACCUCUGAGGAGACAGGGCUCCUCCACCACCAGCCGUCCCCCUCAGCCCCUCUCUGCCCAGGCCAUCAAACACAUCUGGGUUCGAACGGCUCUCUUUGAGAAAGUUCUGGACAAUAUAGUGCAGUACAUCGUGGACAACUCCAGUAAAUACUAUGAGAGGGAAGCUCUGAUGCAUGACUCAGUUUUCGGGCCCAUCUUGGCAGCCUUACUGGUGGGGCCAUGUGCUCUGGAGUACACCAAACUGAAGACAUCGGAUCAUUUCUGGACAGACCCCUCAGCCAACGAAUUGGUUCAGCGCCAUCGUAUCCACGGGGCCCAUCGGGGCCAAGACACCUCGGCCGGCCGCCGGCCUGCCCUUGGGAUCCGCAAGAGGCAGUCCAGUGGCAGCAUGUCAGAGGACAGGUUUGCGGCAUCAGCGAGGGAAUAUGUGGAGUCUCUUCACCAAAACUCCAGAACACACCUUCUCUAUGGCAAAAACAACGUCCUCGUGCAACCGAAGAAGGACAUGGAGGUUUUGCGGGGCUACCUGUCACUACACCAGGCUGGGGAGAACCUCACCCUGAAGUGGACACCUAACCAGCUCAUCAACGGCACGCUGGGAGACUGUGACCUGGAGAAGAGUAUCUACUGGGACUAUGCCCUGACUGUCCCACUGCGUCAGAUAGUCUGUAUCCACUGUCACCAACGCCCUGACUGUGGUGGUACACUGGUUCUGGUCAGUCAGGAUGGGAUCCAACGGCCUCCCCUCCACUUCCCCCCUGGUGGUCACCUCCUUGCUUUCCUCUCCUGUCUGGAAACAGGCCUUUUGCCACGGGGUCAACUGGAGCCCCCCCUCUGGUCCCAGAAAGGCAAGGGAAAGGUGUUCCCUAAACUGAGGAAGAGGAGCAGUGCUGCUAGGCUCAUAGACCAGGACAGGAACGGUGAGGAGGAGACAGCUGCUGACUACGUGUUUCGCAUCGUCUACCCUGGAUACCGCUACGACGCAAUCACUAUAAACUACCACCACACCACGGGCAGCCGUGCUCCGUCGCUGGACGAUGACGAGGAAGAGGAAGAUAGGCUCCAUGCUAUGAUCUCAAUGAUCUGCUCGCGGAACCUCACAGACCCUAAUGUCAUGAAAGACCACGGGGAGAUGAUGGAGAUGCAGGGUUUCGGAGGCAGCCCGUCGUCGUGGCAACAGGCCGAAGUAACCACUCACGAGUCGCUGUGCCAGUCCUGCACCACGGCGGGUAGCAACGUGUCGUUCGACUACCCGGUCGGCUGUACCUGCAUACACGACCCAUCAGACAUUCAUACUGUUCCUCUUAAGAUGCUCUGCCAGAACAUGAAGAGGCAGAUAGUCUCCAGAGCCUUUUAUGGAUGGCUGGCCUACUGUCGACACCUGUCCACUGUGCGGACUCACCUGUCAGCUCUGGUCAACCACAACAUCGUCCCUCCAGACAGACCCUGCGAGGCGGCCGGGGGCCUCAGCAAAGAGGUGUGGAGCAAAUACCAGAAAGACUGCAAGAACUAUAAGGAGCUGGAGCUGCUUAGGCUUGUUUAUUAUGGCGGAGUGCAACACGACAUCAGGAAGGAGGUUUGGCCUUUCCUGCUGGGACACUACAAGUUCGGCAUGGGCAAAAAGGACAUGAGCCAGAUUGAUGCAAAGAUCAGCGAGCGCUACCAGCAGGUGAUGCGUGAGUGGAAGGCAUGUGAAGUAAUCGUCAAGCAGAGGGAGAAGGAGAUGCAGUCGGCCAUCUUUGCCAAGCUCUCCUCCGGCAGCAGCAUUGACAGCCAUGUCCUACGACUGGUUCACAGAGACUCCACACUCAGCAAUGAGGUGUUUAUGUCGGUGGAUGAGCCGGAUGCGGGGAGCCAGGAGACCCCCAAUGGAGAGGACAAUACCCCCACCAUGACCACCCUGGUUCCCCCUGCAGCCCUCCCCCCAGAGGAGCGCCCUCUGGUGGAGUUUGACUCCCCUGACUCGGGUCUCCCCUCGUCCAGAAACUACUCUGUGACCUCUGCUCAUUCUCAGAUCCUGUCCAGCAUAGACGACGGUCAGAGUACGGAGGAGGAAGGGGGGGGUGGGGAGGAGGGCAGCACUCCGGGGGUGCUGGGUGGGCGUCAGGACUCUCUGACAGAGGACAGGCUGUGCAGUCAGCUGGACAAACUGGUGACCAAUGGAGCUGCUGCAGAGGGGAUAUCACCUUCACUCUCCUCAUAUACGAUCGAGCUGUUGGACACAGUUGCCCUCAACCUCCACAGGAUAGACAAAGAUGUGCAGCGUUGCGACCGCAACUAUUAUUACUUCACCACAGCCAACCUGGAGAAACUACGCAACAUCAUGUGCAGCUAUGUGUGGGAGCAUUUAGAGAUGGGCUACGUUCAGGGCAUGUGUGACCUGCUCGCUCCACUCAUGGUCAUCCUGGAUGACGAGUGCCUGGCUUACAGCUGUUUCACUCAGCUAAUGAAGAGGAUGAGUCAGAACUUCCCUAAUGGUGGAGCCAUGGACACACACUUUGCCAACAUGAGGUCACUGAUUCAGAUCCUGGACUCCGAGCUGUUUGAACUGAUGCAGCAGAAUGGAGAUUACACUCACUUCUACUUCUGUUACCGCUGGUUCCUGCUGGACUUCAAGAGAGAGCUCCUGUAUGAAGAUGUGUUUGCAGUGUGGGAGGUGAUCUGGGUGGCUCCUAGGAUUUCCUCGCAGCAGUUUGUGCUCUUUCUGGCCUUGGCCUUGGUCACAGUUUACCGCGAAAUCAUCAUCGACAACAACAUGGACUUCACUGACAUUAUCAAGUUCUUCAAUGAGAUGGCUGAGCGCCAUGAUGUCCAACAUAUCUUGAAGAUAGCACGUGAACUGGUGCACAAAGUCCAGUCUCUGAUGGACAACAAGUGACUAUAGAGGAAGAAGAGGACUGGGAGAAUGCAGAGUGAGAGUGUCUGACCCUACAGGACACUCCGCUCUUCAUCUCAUCCUUCACAGAGUGUUACCAGGCCUCCACCUGUCCAAAGUAAGUCCAGGGAGUCCAGGUUUCCUCCCUGCCCAAAUGAAGGCCCUGGGAGUGGGGCAGGAACGCUGCUGAGGUCAGCCUAGCUCUGGAGCUCAGCCUCAAUCUGUUUACAUUUACCUUCACAUGGAAUGCCCAUGGUGUCCGUUCAGACAUGUGGAUUUGUCUGCAUGCUUGUGAGUUUGAUCACACUGUGAACGCAUUCUUGAGUCUCCCCAGUUCUACAGAGCUUGUGUGUGCAUGAAAACACACACACACACACACACACACACACACACACACACAGACACACACACACACACACACUCCAACUCCAACAACAUUGGCUCUAUCAAUACUCCAGUGUCACCCUAACUCAGAACCAGAAUGUGUUAGAUGCCUGUCAGGAAGGCUGAAGCGUUCUCAGUGUUUGAUGAACGUGUUCCUCCAUGCAAUGCCAGCGGAGGCCACUAGAGUGCAGGAUUUACCUACAACAUUGUCAGAGGAGCUGAAGUCUUAGCCACGAAGAAGUUUUCAUUAGUGACCAAAUGGACUGUGCCAACUACCUUUUCAUGAGCGUUUUCUACAACAAGCAUGUGUGUUUUAUCCCCCCCCCCCCCUCCCUCCUUUUUGUCCAGAGUUAAUUAUCACACAAAUGUUGCCUUUAUUAGUAACAGCCCAAGGUUCUUAGUUGCACUUUUUGUGAUGGUUUCCUUAUCAUAGUCGGUGGGGGCCAGAGGCACCACAAGAGGCCAAACUGAUGAGAAACUUGGAAUGAAUUGCAGCCAUUUUUCCUGACCAUGUUAAUUAGUGUUUAAAGCAUUUUAAUCCUUGCAGCAGAGCACAACAGUAAAGACAAAAGCACAUGGCCUUCCUCCCUACUUUAAUAUGAAACUUGUGAACCUGUAUUUUGUAGCACCAUGAUUUUAGUUCAGGGUCACUGGGGACGCUGAGGUCAUGUCUCCAGUAAUAUUUCUGGGAAUUUGGUGCAUUUAAUGACCUGAGGUGGCUUUUACAUUCUAUGAUUAAAUACAUAUUAGUUUUUUAAUAUCCAAAACUUUUUAGACCAUUGUGGCUUUUUUCCUACUCUCAGUAGUGACUAUGGCUAGUCAAGUGACACAUUCAAUUAUCCAUAACACAGUAUUAUAGAUUUUUGGCUGGUUAGAAGAAGUAGACAUGUCAGACUGAGAGAAAGAGUGUAUAAAAUAAACAUGAUUAGGAAAAUCCUUCGAGAACGGAAAGAAAAUGUCAUAUUUAUCAUAAUUACCAAUAUCUAAAGAUGGAUAUUCAUUUAAGAAUAAGACUGGCAUUAUUCUAUAUUUUAGUUAUUGUCAACAAAUCCUAUGUGAAAACCAAAACCAACAUCCCUACCCCUGUCUGUGGAACUCGAGCGUACUGAAGACGUAAGGGUUAGGGUUAAAGGGUUUCAACUGAUUUUAAAAUUAUUCCUUCCUGAGAAUAUGUCACUCUUUUCCUGGGAUUUCUUGCCAUAAACAGGCUUCUUAACUAUAAAAUGCAUUCAUAUUACAUUUUUUGUAAUUUUAUGAUAUAAUUUGUUCAUAUGUGUUAGAUAAUGUGGUAAUAAUAGAUCAGUUCUUCUUAAAAUUACAUCUUAAAUGUGGAAAAACACAUGGUCCAGGCACAGAGGAAAAUGUAAGGUAUAUUGGCUUUGACCACACACAAAAUACUUGUUAGUAGAAUACAUUCUCUGUUGGUUUUGGUCUUUUCAUGGGAUUUGUUGACAAUAAGAAAAUCUGUAUAUUGCCUUAUCCUUUAAAUGAAUCCAUGUUUGUCUUUGGAACUGGAGUCAAACAUGCUCACUGAUCUGAAGGCACCAUGAAGACUGUUAAACUUCUUAUUGCAUUCAGCAGUACCGUCAGGAAAAGUGGUUGCAAUAGUCCAUGUGGAUCAUCAUUCUCCUCCUGCCUAAAGUCCAGCUUCUGAAAAUAAAACAUACUGGGCUGGUCUUUAUAACAGAUCUGUGGGCCCAGUUUUUUUUUUUUUUUUUUUUGAAAAGAAGCUGCUUUAAAAGCCAAACUUUCUCUAGUGUUCGGUGAAUCAGUAUUAGGUUGGUUUUGGCUUCUCAGUAACAGCACAGAGUACAUUCAUAUUUGUAUGUGAAGGGAAUCUGGGAAAUUUUUUAUACUGUUUUCAAUCCCCCUCAUUAGUGUAACCCUCGAUCUCCACCCUCCUCGCCUCCUUAAAAUGUCCAACACGGCUGCAUAUGAUUGGUCAUCCAGCACGGACCUGCACCUGUGAUUCAAGUGCCAAGAGUCUUCCCCAAUCCUGAAGUGUACUGUAGUCAUCCGGCUCUCUGAUUUGCUAGUUUGAUCCCAGGAACGGGCGGUGGUGUGGAUGUACCUCGCUUACGGCCUCUCCCCCUCCCCCACCCCGCCGCUAGGGUGGUGGAGGGCUGGCGGGGAAACCAGGGCCCAUAGCAGAGCUUUUUCUUCCAAUCAGGACCUUGUCUACCAAAGCCUUGAAACAGCCCCCUCUGUGGCAUGACAACAAUGUGCAAUUUCAUACUGCAUCUUGAAGACUGACUGUUUACUAUGUGUGUAAAAUAUUUUUGAAAAUGGUUGUCUUGGAUUCUUUAACUACUGUGCAAUUUGUCGUUUGAGAAAAUCCAUCGAAGUCUAUAUUGCUGUAAAUACGAACCAAAAGCCCAAUAUUUCUAUAAAGACAGUCAGAACAUAUAUAUAUAUAUAUAAACUUAUUUUGAGAUCUAUUUUUUAUGUUGGUUUUAGCAGCACUAGUUGGAGGUGUGUACUGUGCAGAAAUGCAGAAUGUGUGCAGACUAUGUUACACGUUGACUGUUAAGUGUUCUUUCUCAAUGUUGUGCACUGAUUUUAAAUUUCUAUUUAGAGAGCCAAUGAUUGCAUUGCUGAAUAUGUAUUGGUAAGGACGUAUCAUUUGCCUUGAAUGUAAUGUAUUAUUAAAUAAGCAUUUGUUCAUUA